UCUUUGGCAUGCUCUUGCUUCUAUACACUCACUUGCUUGGUGCUCUCUCUCUCUCUCUCUCUCUUCCCCUUUCUUCCCAUCUUUCUCUCUCCUUCCGUGGUCUUGCAGUGUACGAAAGUAGCCGAAACCCUAACUCCUCCCAACGAGAGCAGCUCUAGCUUUUUCUCUGCGAUUUUUCUGCAAAGAUGACCCAAGACGUGGAGAUGAAAGAGCUCCAAGAUCCUUCCAAUUCCGUUUCUUCCACUUCUCCUUCAACUCUGCACCAUUUGAAGGAGAUUGCAGCGCUUAUCGAGACCGGCGCUUUUGGACGGGAAGUUCGAAGAAUUCUGCGUGCUGUUCGCCUAACAAUGGCUUUAAGGCGAAAGUUGAAGUCUUCGGUGCUCUCUGCUUUCCUUAAUUUCGCUCUUGCGCCGGGAUCCGAGCUGCACGCUCGGCUAUCUUCGUAUCUCCCAAAGGAUAAUGACCAUGAAAUGGAUGUUGAUACUGCAACAGCUACAACUCAAGCUACCGUAAAGCACUCUCCACCUGAGCUAGAAAUUUACUGCUAUUUGCUUGUGCUUAUUUUUCUAAUUGAUCAGAAGAAAUACAAUGAGGCAAAAGCUUGUGCCUCAGCAAGCAUUGCUCGACUGAAGAACGUGAAUAGGAGAACCAUUGAUGUUCUGGCAUCGAGGUUAUAUUUUUACUACUCUUUUACCUAUGAGCUCACUGGCGAUCUUGCUGAAAUUAGGGGAAACCUUCUCGCGCUGCACCGUAUUGCAACACUGCGCCAUGAUGAGCUGGGUCAGGAAACACUUCUUAAUCUCUUACUUCGAAACUACCUCCACUACAAUUUGUAUGACCAGGCUGAGAAGUUGAGGUCCAAGGCACCUCGGUUUGAAGCACAUUCAAACCAGCAGUUUUGCCGUUACUUAUUUUACCUAGGCAAGAUUAGAACGAUUCAGUUGGAGUAUACAGAUGCGAAAGAGUCCCUCCUGCAGGCAGCUAGGAAAGCUCCUGUUGCGGCCCUUGGUUUUCGAGUUCAAUGUAAUAAGUGGGCUAUCAUUGUCCGCUUAUUGCUUGGAGAAAUCCCUGAGAGAACUGUUUUUAUGCAAAAGGGAAUGGAGAAGGCUUUGAGGCCAUAUUUUGAACUAACAAAUGCUGUGCGAAUUGGUGAUUUGGAGCUUUUUAGAAGUGUAGCUGAGAAGUUCUCUAACACUUUCAAUUCGGACCGAACCCACAAUUUGAUUGUUAGGUUGCGUCAUAAUGUGAUAAGAACUGGGCUACGAAACAUUAGCAUCUCUUAUUCGCGAAUCUCUCUGAUUGAUGUUGCCAAAAAGCUGAGAUUGGACUCUGCAAACCCUGUUGCUGAUGCGGAGAGUAUUGUGUCAAAGGCAAUCCGAGAUGGUGCAAUUGAUGCGACACUGGAUCAUGCAAAUGGAUGGAUGGUGUCAAAGGAAACUGGAGAUAUCUACUCUACAAACGAGCCUCAAACUGCAUUUGACACUAGGAUUGCUUUUUGCCUCAACUUGCAUAACGAGGCAGUGCGUGCUCUUCGGUUUCCACCGAAUUCCCACAAGGAGAAAGAAAGUGCUGAGAAGAGAAGGGAGAGACAACAACAGGAGCAAGAGCUUGCCAAACACAUAGCUGAGGAGGAUGAUGACGAUUUUUGACAUAGUAAUCCGGAAAAGAACUUGUGUGCUCACUGUGCACUGCUGUCAGCAAAUUGUGCUUCUAUGUUUUGGAAUUCCCUGCAAGAAUGCCCUAGUUUUCUUGAUUUGAUCGACUUCCAAUCAUCCGUUUGAUUUGAUUCAUGUCAUCCUAUAGGCUUAAUCAUCCCAAUUAUGAGACUGCCUUUUUUACUUUUUCUGAA